GCGCCCUUCCCGUCACUUUCACGCCGACUGCAACGUGCGUGACCGGUGAUUGUGGUUGUGUUGAAGAAUCGUCGUAACGAGACUUGGUCGUCGUCUGAGAAACGUUGAACGGAAGAAUCGGUACAGAGAGAAAAACGGAAGAUCGAACGCUAAAGAAAGUAAAAAAGAACGAGAUACACGCUCGGGAGGAACGGAGAUACGGGGAAACGCAAGUGGAGGAGGAAAGAAGUGGAAGAAUAUUCCUGCGAGACGCGAAGCGGCGGGGAGAGAAAAAAAUAAAGGAUGAGGAGUUUGGCGUUGGCACUGGCCUGUUCGUGGCUACUGGGUUUCAUCCGUCCCUCCUUGACGAUGCAGGAAGCUCCGUCGUCGGCACCCCUUCAAUUGUCGUCUUCCGGAAACGUCGAACUCGAACCGGAGGUCGAUCCUGAGACCCUGCUGCAAGGAUUGGAAUUCCAGGGGAAUCCCGGUAAACGGGCUUACACCUACGUCUCGGAAUACAAGAGGCUCCCGAUAUACAACUUUGGUCUUGGAAAGCGGUGGAGUAUUAGCGGAGGCAGCAACACCGUCGACGAGGACAAGAGAGCGCGCCUCUACUCCUUUGGGCUUGGUAAACGCGCCAGGCCGUACAGCUUCGGACUUGGAAAACGUGCCGAUGAUUCCUCGGCGUCGACCUUAUCGUCUCCUUCCUCUUCGUCGUUUGGUUUUCGCGGACAACCGGACCUGGAGGAACUUUCGCGAGAUCCGUUGGAGGAUUAUCUGGAGAAACGUAGCCGUCAACUGUACAGUUUCGGGCUUGGAAAACGAAUGGCGGGCGAUGAAAGGGGCGAUUACGGUCAACGGUUCAAUUUCGGACUCGGUAAAAGACCCAGUGAGGAUUACGGCCACCGGUAUAAAUUUGGCCUGGGUAAACGACGGCUACUCGUUAACGAUAAUCGCAUUUCUCCUUCCGAUGACGAAGAAGAACAGCAAGAACCGGCUCUAGCGUCCUAGACCCCGUUUGAAAAAACAAUCACCCUUCUACCACCUUCACAUGUACCUUUUCCUAUUCCGUACGUAAAUAUAUACCCGAUGAAAUUUUUUCAUGCCAAUUUUCCCGAAACCCCGCAGCCUCCGGCUGGUGCGCAGCCGGUGCAUAUGCAGCGCAUAUAUAGGAUUAUUUUUCUCUCGUUGAUAUGUGUAAUUAUCCUUAAAAGUAUAGGAAACGGAACGAACAAUUUUCUGUAAAAGGAGAACAACUAUGCUGCAUAAUAUUAAAUAUUAUUCGUGGAAAAAGAGCUCGAAAUGAUUACAAGUCGAUAGAUAUAACAAGGUGUCCGAAAAUAAGGAUAUCGAAAGAGUAUAUAAAUGUAUAAAAAACGAAAAUGAAAGAUGUCUGAAAAGUUGGCUAGUAGGGGGCGGCAGGCAGCGGAUCGCGUAUCCAGAUUCCAACGGCUGACCCGGUAUAAGUAAUCCAAAUUUUAACGCAUAAGAUAGCUAAUGAAAUUAUUUAUUCGCGCAGUAGGUACCUGUUUAAUGAAUAAUUUACUCUGCUCUGCUGUCCUCUGCGCUGCAAUCUUAAUCGGAAAAUAAGAGACUAAAUUAUACAGUUUCUUUUUCUUCAUUCUACAACCGGAUAAGGUUUCAGCGAUCACGAAUAAUUACGAUCACUAAUUAUUAACCCAUUAAAUAAGUCAACAAUGUAUAACCUGUCUGUGAGUAAAAAGGAAAAAAAAAACAUUAUUAAUAACAAAUAAAUAAAGCGGCUAUCUGUAAA